UUUCCCCCCUUCCCCAGACGCCUUGCUCUUCUUCCCAGCAUACCUAGCGCCCUUCGCGGCGCUCCUCAAGAUGGCGGCCGACAGUGAGCCCGAGUCCGAGGUAUUUGAGAUCACGGACUUCACCACUGCCUCGGAAUGGGAAAGGUUUAUUUCCAAAAUUGAAGAAGUCUUAAAUGACUGGAAACUGAUUGGAAACUCUUUGGGAAAGCCACUUGAAAAGGGUGUAUUUACUUCUGGCACAUGGGAAGAGAAAUCAGAUGAAAUUUCCUUUGCUGAUUUCAAGUUCUCAGUCACUCAUCAUUAUCUUGUACAAGACUCCACUGACAAAGAAGGAAAGGAUGAAGUAUUGGAAGAUGUUAUUCCACAGUCUAUGCAAGAUUUGUUGUGUAUGAAUAAUGACUUUCCUCCGAGAGCACAUUGCCUGGUAAGAUGGUAUGGAUUGCGGGAGUUUGUGGUGAUUGCCCCUGCUGCAAACCAUGAUGCAGUUCUCAGUGAAUCUAAGUGCAAUCUUCUUCUGAGUUCUGUGUCUAUUGCUUUGGGAAACACUGGCUGCCAGGUGCCACUCUUUGUGCAAAUUCAUCACAAAUGGCGAAGAAUGUAUGUGGGCGAAUGUCAGGGUCAUGGUGUCCGAACUGAUUUUGAAAUGGUUCAUCUUCGGAAAGUGCCAAAUCAGUACACUCAUUUAUCAGGCUUGCUGGAUAUCUUCAAAUCAAAGAUUGGAUGUCCUUUAACUCCUUUGCCUCCGGUUAGUAUUGCUAUUCGCCUUACCUAUGUACUUCAGGAUUGGCAGCAGUAUUUUUGGCCUCAGCAACCUCCAGAUAUAGAUGCCCUUGUAGGAGGAGAAGUUGGAGGCCUGGAGUUUGGCAAGUUACCAUUUGGUGCCUGUGAAGAUCCUAUAAGUGAACUCCAUUUAGCAACUACAUGGCCUCACCUGACUGAAGGUAUCAUUGUGGAUAAUGAUGUUUAUUCUGAUUUGGAUCCUAUUCAGGCUCCCCAUUGGUCUGUUAGAGUUCGAAAAGCUGAUAAUCCUCAGUGUUUGCUAGGUGAUUUUGUCACUGAAUUUUUUAAAAUUUGCCGUCGAAAGGAGUCAACUGAUGAGAUUCUUGGACGAUCCACAUUUGAGGAAGAAGGGAGAGAAAUUGCUGAUAUAACUCAUGCUUUGUCAAAGUUGACAGAGCCAGCACCGGUUCCAAUUCAUAAAUUAUCAGUUUCAAAUAUGGUACAUACUGCAAAGAAGAAAAUACGAAAACAUAGAGGUGUAGAAGAGUCACCACUGAAUAAUGAUGUCCUCAAUACUAUUCUCUUGUUCUUAUUCCCUGAUGCUGCUUCUGAGAAACCAUUAGAUGGAAGUUCUGCAGUAGAUAAUAAUAAUCCUCUAUCAGAGAGUGAAGAAUAUAAUCUCUACAAUCAGUUCAAAUCUGCACCAUCUGACAGUUUAACGUACAAGUUGGCUUUGUGUCUUUGUAUGAUCAAUUUCUACCAUGGAGGAUUGAAGGGAGUGGCACACCUCUGGCAGGAAUUUGUUCUUGAAAUGCGUUUCAGAUGGGAAAAUAACUUUCUGAUUCCAGGAUUAGCAAGUGGACCCCCAGAUCUAAGAUGUUGUUUACUGCAUCAGAAACUACAGAUGUUAAAUUGUUGUAUUGAAAGAAAGAAGGCCCGUGAUGAGGGGAGAAAGACAAAUACUUCAGAUAUGUUUCCAGGGGAUGUUGGAAAAGCUGGAGACCAGCUGGGGCCAGAUAAUCUAAAAGAUACUGAUAAGGAAAAGGGAGAGGUUGGAAAAUCUUGGGAUUCUUGGAGUGACAGUGAAGAAGAAUUUUUUGAAUGCCUAAGCGAUACUGAAGAACUUAAAGGAAAUGGACAAGAGAGUGGCAAGAAAGGAGGACCUAAGGAGACAGCAAGUUUAAAACCAGAAGGACGACUACAUCAGCAUGGAAAACUCACUCUGCUACAUAAUGGAGAACCACUCUACAUUCCAGUGACCCAGGAACCAGCACCUAUGACAGAAGAUCUGCUGGAGGAGCAGUCGGAGGUUCUAGCUAAAUUAGGAACAUCAGCAGAAGGGGCUCACCUCCGAGCACGCAUGCAGAGUGCCUGUCUGCUCUCAGAUAUGGAGUCUUUUAAGGCAGCGAAUCCAGGUUGUUUCCUGGAAGAUUUUGUGAGGUGGUACUCACCCCGGGAUUAUAUUGAAGAGGAAGUCAUUGAUGAAAAGGGCAACAUGGUUCUGAAAGGAGAACUGAGUGCCCGAAUGAAGAUUCCAAGCAAUAUGUGGGUAGAAGCCUGGGAAACAGCUAAACCAAUUCCUGCCAGAAGGCAGAGGAGACUUUUUGAUGAUACGCGGGAAGCAGAAAAGGUGCUGCACUAUCUGGCAGUCCAGAAACCUGCAGACCUUGCUCGGCACCUGUUACCUUGUGUAAUUCAUGCAGCUGUACUCAAGGUAAAGGAAGAAGAAAAUCUGGAAAACAUUUCUUCAGUUAAGAAGAUUAUAAAGCAGAUAAUAACUCAUUCCAGUAAAGUUCUGCACUUCCCCAAUCCAGAAGACAAGAAAUUGGAAGAAAUCAUCCAUCAAAUUACUAAUGUAGAAGCUAUAAUUGCCAGAGCCCGCUCACUGAAAGCCAAGUUUGGAACUGAGAAAUGUGAACAAGAGGAGGAAAAGGAAGACCUUGAAAAGUUUGUGAGUUGCCUUUUGGAGCAACCUGAAGUGUUAGUUGUGGGUGCAGGAAGAGGUCAUGCUGGCAAAAUCAUUCACAAGCUGUUUGUGAAUGCUCAGAGGCUGACUGAAUCUUCUGAUGAGGCUGCAGCCAUGGCUCCACCGGAGGAGGAACUGAAGAGAGUGAGCUCUCCAGAAGAGAGAAGGCAGAACUCGGUGUCAGACUUCCCACCUCCUGCUGGCCGGGAACUCAUAUUGCGCACCACUGUGCCACGCCCAGCCCCGUACUCCCGAGCUCUGCCUCAGCGCAUGUAUAGUGUUCUCACCAAAGAGGAUUUCAGACUUGCAGGUGCCUUUUCAUCAGAUACCUCCUUCUUCUAAUCCUUCUAGAGCCACCUCAUUUAUGGCUUCAGAGACUGCUCUGACCCCUUCUGUGGGAGGGAGUUUGUGUCAGUCAGAACUUGAGAGACCAUGAAGAGGACCUGUCCAGUCCAAUGAUCAGGAAUCAUACCAGCAUCUGAAAGACUUUUCCAGCUUCAUGCUUGGGCUUUGUUGUAUCUCGGUUUGGGCAGAGAGAAUGGGCUUGAGCUUUUGAAAGAUUUGCUCCCUGAAGAGAUGGCCCUCGUUUGACCAGGGGUAGGGGUAGUGGGUAGGGGGAUGUACAGGGACCAGAAAAACAGCAGGAGCUCUCUGUACUCCAGUGGGAUUGUGCUCAUUUAUUCUUUCCUGUGACUGUUCCUUAGGUUAUCACCUUGCAUUUUUAGUCUGUGUAAACACACUUGUUGUAUUUGUUAGUAUCAGGUAUGCAAAACAGAAUAUCUGUUAAUUCAGAUUUCUGGAUAUUUUGGUGGUAGCUUUUCCCAGAAUCUGUGUUUUUGAAAUACUAAAUGACAUUCUGUUUAUUCAAUCAUCUAGUGGCCAUCCUUAUUGUAUUAAUUAACUUUUGAUGAGCAUUUUGAAUAUUCUAGGAGAAAGCCUAGAAUUUCACAUAGUUUCUGUUUUUCCACAUAACUGUGACUUAAAUGUAUUCCUUCUGAGAAAACUAUAUAUUGAAUGUCACUGCAAAUUAGUUUUAUAUCUUGUAAGGUUUGUUUAUUUUACGUGUUGGUUGCCUGUGAGAUAUCAACCUGCAAACUGUUCUCUUCUUGCUCUACAGCAUGCAUUCCUUUUUUUUUCUUUUUUUUUUUUUUUGUAAUUGUUGACUGGACACUAUGUUUAAUGGAGUAGAGAUGAGCACAUUGCUACAAAUACAGCUUUGGAACAUAGAGAUUAUCAUGCAGUUAGUAUAAUUUGGUGUAUAUGCUAAUGUAAUGAUUAGAAGAUUAUUUCAGUGAACUAUUUUGCUUUUGCAUUCUAGAUAAAGUGAAAAUAAUCAAUGGGGAUGUAUAUAGCACCCAGCAUAAGAAUAACAGCAACAUAAUUUCUAGUUAUGUGGUGAUCUAGAUUUAUUAAGUCUGUGUUGCUGUAUGGCCUCUGUUCAGUAAUCUCAAAUCUAUUUUUAAGCCUAAAAUUUCCACUUUAAUCCAAAGCAAAAAAUGGUUAUACUGAAGCAUAGACCUUGCGUAUAUAAUUUAAAGAAUUAAUAGAGCUGUGUAAACCCUGUUAUAUUAUUUUUGUAAAAAAAAAAAGUGUGUACAUAUAUAUGUAUAUAUGCACAUAUAUAUGUAUAUAUGUACAUAUGAAGUAGGGGAGGCCCUGGUUGGUUACCUCCCAGCCUUCACAGUGCUUUUCUCUGAGAUGCUUUACUUGAUUGCUGUUGGUAAACCAUACCAAUGCAGGCCUGAGGACUGAGCACUGUACCAGGUAGAAAAUGUAUCUUUCAAGGACAGGGUUUGUCUGCUUCCCAUUGAGGAAGUUAAUAGUAAAGAAACAUUUUUCCAAGAGGUUGGACUUCAAAAUGGCAUUGUGAGUCUAAUAAAAAGGAAAGUCUUGCUUUCUUUGGCUACUUUUCUUUUCUCUCCUCUGGUGAGCACUUUAUUCUUAUUUCAGUUAGUUUUAUCCUGUCGCAUAUCUCCCUAAAUAUUUGCAGUCUGUGGAGUCUUGUCGGGGUCUUAAGAACAUGCUUUGUACCUUCUUUUUUAUUGGCAGUUACCCCAGUUUACUUUCAUUAUAGUUAUGAGUAGGGGAGGGGCACAGAGAGGGUGACACAGAAUCCAAAGCAGGCUGCAGGUUCCGAGCUGUCAGCACAGAGCCCAACGCGGGGCUCAAACUCACGAACCGCGAGAUCAUGACCUGAGCCAAAGUCAGAUGCUUAACCGAAUGAGCCACCCAGGUGCCCCUUGGGUUUGUUUCUUGAUUGAGAGGGAAGCCAUUGGAGAAUAUUGAACAGGGGAGUGUCAUGAUCUUACGUUUACAGAAUUUGAGUUGUGGCUGCAGUGUGGACAAUACACUGAUGAGCAGGGGUACAAGUAUGGUGUAUAUUUUGAAAACAAUGCACAGAAUUGGCUGAUGGAAUCCAUGAAGGUAUGAGUAAGUCAAGGAUGACUCAAGGUUUGGGACCUGAGUAACAGUAAGUGAUGCUGUUAUUUGUUGAAAUGAAGAAGACAGAGGGAAGAGCAUUUUGGGGGGUGAUAUAAGAUCCUGAGUUACAUUGUAUUAAUUUUGAGGUAGCAUUUAGAUACCUGUGGUGUAGCGAGCCUUUAAGGUGGCCCCCACUGAUCCCUGUCUCCUGGUAUUCACACCCCUGUGGUAGUCCCAGCCUCCAUAUUUUGACCAAUGAACAUGGAGAAAGCAUUGGUAUGGCACUUCCAAGAUUAGGUUAUAAAGGAUGUUGUAGCUUCCGUUUUGGCUGCAUGUUCUCGUGUGUCUCUCUGUCCCUCUUGUCACUUGCUGUGGGUGAAGUCAACUUCCAUGCCACAAACAACCCUAAGGAGAGGCCCACAUGGUGAGGAAGUGAGGACACCUGCUGAUGGCCACAUGAGUGAGCUUGCAAGUGGAUUCUCCUCGGUCUCAGAAGUCCGUGGCCUCUUGAGGAACCAAGAGCCAGACGUACCCAGCUCACUGUGCGUGGAUUACAGACCCUCAGAAACGGUGUGCAAUAAUGUUUUUAUUUUAAACUCAGUUUCAGGGACAGUUUGUUUCACAGAAAAAAUUACAGAAUACCCAAGUGAUUAUGUAAAUUUGGGGUUUAAGGAUGAGGUUAGAGCUUGUGCAGUAAAUCGAGGUCAGACAGUAUGAGAGUCCUGAGGGGUGGUGAGUACAGUGCAAAGAGAAGGUCUGGGGACUGAACCCGAGAUCCGGAAGAGGAAGAGAACUGCCAGAGGAGACUAAGAAGGAGCAGCCACUGAGGUCGAAAGAAAACCAUGAGUGUGAUGUUCCAGAAGCUAGGAAAUAAAAUAUUUGAAGGAAGUGGGAAUUGAUCAACUGUGUCAAGUGCCACUGAGAUGUGGAAUAAGACGCAAGCUCAGAACUGCUUGUUGCAAACCUGUGGAUGCACAGGAGCACCUGCAUGCAGAAAGGUAACACUGUUUUUACUGGGAAAGAGCAGGGAAGUUCCUGGCUGGAGGGCAGAUGGGUGCACUCACCACUUCUACCCUAGCCAGUUGGGGCUGUGGUUGCUGUGCACUGUUCUUUGCCAGGAAUUGGAGGCCAGAGGCUGUAAGUAGGGUACAAUACAGGGUGAGAGCAUGAAGCCACUGUUUCAAGCCAGCUGUGACCCAAUUCCCUGCCCCACCCUUGCUGCCAGCUCCUUCUGAGCUCGUUGGGGAAAGGAUAGAUCUUGGCGCUCAACAAAUGCUGAAUGAAUGUCUCUUGAUAGCAAGUGGCAGGGUGGGGGGGGGGGCACUGAUUUUUCUGGGUUCUAAUUUUGAGCUCUUGGGCACCUUGAAGCCAGAAUAUUUCAGAAUAUGAGCUCCUGGAAGCCGGACAACUGCUGCUGUCCUUUCUCUAGCUCUGAGAAGUGGAGCAUGGCAUCAACCUAGAUAAUGGGUUUGGCUAAUUCUUUAUCUAGAAUAAAGCUAGUUCCUAGUAGCGUGGCUUCUUUGCCAGCAGUUUUCCCCCUGGCAGCUUGUGAUGUCUGACAGGUGGUCAUGGAUAAAUCUCCCUCAAAUGAGCAGUCUCAUCUGUUGCAGGGAGUGUUCCUGGGGUGGGCUUAUCAGCCGAGGAAGGUGGCUGAACAGAAGGCCCCCACUUGGCCCCUGGUCAGAGAAGACAGGGUGGCCCAAUCUCUGAUUGGUCUCUGGGGAGCUCUCCCCUUGUCCCCUCUGUGUGGCCCUCCUCGGCAGCAGGGGUCUCUGGAAUGUUUUGGCAGAGGCCUCAGUGUCUUCUCAGAGGCACACAUCCCCCUGCUGCUUUCCAACCAAAUGAGCCUCUCUAAGGAAGCCACAUUCCUUCCCUCUCUGGUUGAUAAGAAGCUCGUGGUCCCCCCCCCCCCCCCGCCAGGCAAAACCAUGAUAGAAUAUUCUUUGUUUAAGUUUGCAGAUUUGUCUUCAUCUUGUCCCAGAAUAAGGUGGAUGAAUGGCCUGUGAGGAGAUGUGUGCAGGCUGGGCCGGCUCAUGCCAUAGGAGCUGCUAGUUGGGUUUAAAGCUGGCAGUGGUGACAAUUUUCUGUCCUAGAAUGAAUUACAAGGGAAGAAGCUUCUAUCUGUGACAGAGAACCUACAUAGGUCUCAAGAGGAAACUCAGGUGAUGAAAGGGAUAAGUGCAUCUCGGGUCCCAGACAAGGGAUACAGAUUCCUCCAUAUGACCUUCCACAGGACUGUGUACCCGAUUCUCCAUCUGAUGUUCCAGGAUGAAGUCAAACAGGUGUGCAGAGCUUCACCUACCUCUUUGUGACAGACUGUGCAGAGGGUCUGCAGGUUGUCCAGGGAGCACUGUCCUCCACCACCGGACACGGGCUUGAUGUGGUCCACCUGCCAGAAAUGCCCUUCUCCUGGGUUUCUUAUCAUUUCAUUAAGCUACAAUGAGAACAGAAGAUCAGCACUUUUCAACAUACACUGUGGGAACGGUUGGUUUUGCCUUGUGCAAUCAUGUUUACACAGCAAAAUCACAGUGAAAAAUACAUUAGGAUGGCUUUUUAUAGCUUUUAUUGUGAAUAGGAAAAAGCCUCUAGGUUAGCAAUUUGAAAGCAAUAAAAUACAUUUCUGAAAAAGUUCUUUUUCCCUUACCUAACCCAUUUUGAAAAAAUUACAAACAAGUAUAAAAUACCACAACUCCUGACAGAUUGGGAAAAAUUACUUGCUUCUGCACCUGUGAGCUAGUUUAUAUAGUCAAUAAAACAAAACUGUGAAAAGAAUAAGGACACAUUGGAAAUCAAAAACUUCUGAAUAUUAUUGAGUCACAUAAUCUUUAAUCACUGACCCAAGUUCAUUUGUUCCUGUCAUAGUGAGAGUUUAAUAUUAAUGGCUAUCACCCGGAACCUUUUUGCCAUUCAUCUGGGAACUUGUAAAAAUUAACAUGGACUGGGACAAAGUUUCUACAACAGACCUCUAUCACUUGCAUAUCUGGAAUAAACUAAGAUGUCCACUUAAAGCAGCAGUAUUUAGGCCAACUCACACAUACACACUUUAUAUAUUAUUGGUGAUGACCUACAUUAAGAUGUAUUUUAACAUUCUACCUGAGGUAGGAAAACCAGCUCACAGAAUUGUAGUUUUUUUAAAUAUGAUAAAGAUGAAUGCAAAGAUUGUUUUUAUUUCCAUGGUUUUGGACAAGGACAACAUUAAAAUCAGCUUCAUGCUGCCGGCCCUGGGAACCUAUGUCUCAAGUACUUUUAAGGAAGCUUGUCUGACAUGUGGAGGCAGAGGAACACUGACCCCCAGUGCCCAGCCCAAAAGGAGCCCCAAGAGGCAGCAAGCAGGAGCAGUAACCUCUGUCUAGCAGAGGCCGGCACUGUUAGAAGCAGUUAGACAUGGCCAUCUUGUGCAUCAAGCAAAUGACUCAUUCUUAGGAAAAAAAUCCAUUUUGUCUGCUCUUUGUAACCAAUUCUUUUACUCUGAAUAGUCUCUCUUCUGACAGACUCUUGAAUCCAGAUGUGGUUCUGUAUUCCUCCUAGUAAUGCCCUGGCAAACAAAUCACUUGGAGUCAGUCUUCAACAUCCUAGACUGAACUCUUAAAACAAUCACUCCCUCUCUGACUGGCCCUCCCCAGUAUGAACCCUAUGGUGCUGCUGCGCCUGGGAGCACUUUUGUUUUAGAAGUAGACUAUGUUACUUCCACAGUCCCGGACAGGCUGUUUUCAAGAUGUCCUGAGUCUUCUCAUUGUGUGUCUUCUGGAAGCCUCCACUCUGAGGCAGCAGACAGUGACUGCAGUCUGGCUGACACCCCUGGGGUGGGUGCAGUGUGUGCCUCACCAAUUAGACAAAAGGAUAUUUCAGGAACUCUGGGUAUCAUGAAGGAAGUAAUUCCCUAGCUCUCAAAGUCAUGGUCAUUCAUUUUUGCAGAAAUGCUUAAUUAAUUAAUUCUGUCAUAAUUUGGUGAUACAAAAUAAAUAAAAAUGUGUGAUUUGACCAACUGGCAGAAAUUUAUCCAAUAUUUUAGUGGGCACAGAAUGGCUCAGGAGUGAUUUUUUAAAAUUAAGCACACUACAAAAUUACACAUUUUGCUCUAGUUUGAAACUUAGGGCUGAUUAGAUCACAUUAGAAACCAGCUGAGAUUUGGAAAUAAAAGUGAAUAUUGAUGAUUGUUUUCUAAGAAUAUUUUUUUCAUAAACUGUUCUGCUAAAAUUACAUUUUACAGUGGAAUGAACAUAAAUGUUUUCUUCUCAUUGUAAUGAACUAUAUUUUGGGGGCUAUCUGUUUGCCCCUGGUCAUUCAAUACUAACAUCAUGAAAAGUGACAACCAGACCAUAGGUACUUCUCCAUGGAAUGUAUCCUCUGUUAAGAUCUCUCCCCAGUAUAAUUUAAUCAGAAUCUAAUUAAGCUGCUAUAUCUUAUAACUAUAAUUCUGGAAUCAGGGGGAUAGAGAAACAUGUCAAAUAAUACCAUGAGGAUACAGGAAGACAAACCCAUAAUGUAGGAAAUCCUACAGGCAAAUGAUCCAGUUUCUUGAACAAUCAAUGGUGUAAAAAUGGGAUGGGGUGAUAUAGAUUAAAUGGAGCAUAAGAGGCAUAAUGAACAAAUACAAUGUGUGGGUCAUAUUUUGAUCCUAAUUUGAACAAAGCAACUGCAAAAAGACAUUUUUGAGACAAUCUGGGAAACCAAGCCUGGACUUAAAAUGAAGGAAUCAUAACUGUUGGUGUAAUAAUGGGUAGUGGGGUAUGGGAAUUUUUAAAAUUUAUGUAUGAAUUUAUUGAGAGUAUGAUCAGGGAAGAGGCAGGAGGGGGCAGCGGUGGGGGGGUGGUGGUGGAGAGAGACAGAGACAGAGAGAGAGAAAGAGAGAGAAUGAAUGAAUGAAUCCCAAGCAGGCUCCAUGCUCAGCACAAAACCCGAUGUGGGGCUUGGUCCCACGACCCCGGGACCAUAACCUGAGCUGAAAUCAAGAGUCAGACACUCAACCGACUGAGCACCCAGGUACCCAGGUAUGGGAUUAUAUUUAAGACAGACAGAAAGAGGGGUGCCUGGGUGGCGCAGUCGGUUAAGCUCCGACUUCAGCCAGGUCACGAUCUCGCGGUCCGUGAGUUCGAGCCCCGCGUCGGGCUCUGGGCUGAUGGCUCAGAGCCUGGAGCCUGUUUCCGAUUCUGUGUCUCCCUCUCUCUCUGCCCCUCCCCCGUUCAUGCUCUGUCUCUCUGUCCCAAAAAUAAAUAAA